CAGUGAGUUUGGUUUUGGGUGUUGAGCAGCUGGGUGCCAACCUUGAUCUCUUGAUCAAGGGCACAGACAUGUAAUUCAUUGGCAAGAAGUGUGACGAAGACAGAGUAGCAGGAUGGGGGGAAUGGUGGUGAAACCUGCAUGUCAGCUAGGGCUUUGCCUACUUCACACGGAAGUGCCAUCCGAACAGGUAACAUCUCACUGAAGGAGGCGGAAAUCUGGGGAAGAACAUUCUAGGCAGAGGGAAUCGCCUGGCCAGCCAUACACAUGCCCUGUGCGAGAAUAGUAACCACCUCCCCCAGCCUAGCCGCCUGGGCAAGCUCUCCUCAUCACCAGGUAAAGCUCCAGCACAAAUAGUUAAAGAGCCCUGGUUGGCUGUUCAAAGCCACCCAGAGGGCCCCCAAGGAGACAGCCUAGCAGACCCUCCAGGGCAGUUCUGCUCAGCCACAAGGAGCUGCCCAGGGUCAGAGUGGAUCCACUCCCAUAUCAGCCAGGCUUCUCUAGGGAAAAACAAAACAACAACAGGAGACACAGAAGGGUCUCUUUUUAGAAACUGACUGAUAGAGUUGUGGGAGCCAGCUAGUCUGAAACCCAGAGGGCAGGUUGGGAACUCAGGAGAGUGGUGGCAGUCUUGAGUGAAAUUCACAGGGCAGGCUGGACAGGCAGGUGGAAUUCCUCCUCCUCAGGAAACCUCAGGGGCUGUCUAAGGUCUUCUACUGAUUGGAUAAGGCCCACUCACGUGAGCUCGGGUCAUUUCCUUAAACUCAGCAGAGUGUAACUGUUGAUUACAUCCUACAAAGCACCUUCACAGCAAGAUGUCGACUAGCUUUUUAAAAUUAGGUUCUGUUGUUGAGAAUAAACGGACGCAGGUGUGCGCCCACUCAGCAGUUGGAUUCAGGGGCACUGAAUGCAUUAUUGGAAUUAUGCAUCCCACCCACCCCCUUCUUUAAGGGGUUCCUCCCACAGCAACAUCACCCCACUGCCCUGCAGGUUCUCAUCCAACCUUUCCAGUUGCCGGCGUGGGAUCCCAUGCAGACAGAUCUCGAGAGGGUGCCCGCUUUAGCUUCAAUUGUCUGGUUUUAAGGGGCGUCCAGGGGUCCACGUAGCCACCAUGGAGGCCACGAGACUAUGAAAUUCCUGUGCAUAACCGUGACCCUCCACGAAAGUUUGAAGGACUGGCCUGCGGUCGUGUGGGUGGGCCUGUGAUAUGGGGCAUUGGAGGGGGGCAAGUGAUUCAGGCCUGCCAUCACACGGUACCACCCAGUGGGUGGCUUACAGCACAAACUCUUCCUCAAGGCUCUGGGUCCCAAACGCCCCUAAUCCAGGUUUGGGCAGCACUGCCCUGGGCAGAGGCCCUUGUAGAAUGUCAUCUCCUGAGUGUUCCUCCAACCUCCGGGUCCAGAUCGGUCUUCACCUGGCUGGGCUGGGCUGCUAUGCCCCAGAGAUGCAGCAGGUUAUACCACCAACUUCCCCACGAGAGAAAGAUGUAUAGAAACCACCUGGGGCAGCUCUCUCCUGCAACCACUCCCCCACCGCCCACCUCCUCCCCCCUCCCCCCUGUAGCUGUGACUCAGAACCCACCCAAUGGAAAGGAGGGGUGUAAAGGACACAGCCAUUGGCUGAGUGUGACCUCAUCUUACGUGACAGCAUCCGCAAAGACCUCAGCCUCCAAACUGGCCUGAGUCACAGGUUCCCGGUGGCCUGAGUCUCCCAGGGCAGCAGAAGGUCCCGCAGGCAGGCAUCACCAUCUCUGGCUGAGUCCUCCCAGCAGCCCGAGGGGCAGGUUUUUGUCCGUGGAUGUCUGAGGGAGGAGGAAACUGAGGCACAGAAUGCCUUGGGGACAUAGUUGGGAUCACACAGCACAGGCUGGAAGCUGGCACUUGGGCCCCCAGACUCCACCCUCUUAGCCAUCGUGAUAGGCACACACAUAUCGCCACCCCGGUUCUGACUCAGGCAACCCUACAUGUGCAGGGUAGAACUGCCCCACAGGACCGUAACCGUGGGACUCUUAGGCACUUGGUCACCAGGCCUUACUUUCCAUGUACCUCUGGGGAUUCACAGGCCAGCCUUUUAGUUAUGGCCCCUGCUUACCCCUUUGUGUCCCCCCACCCGGAGCAGGGGAACCACAGUAGUGGAAACAAACUGUUGUCAGUUUUACAGAGGUAACCCCAGGGGUGGUGGCUGCAGGGUGUUUGAGAACAGAGGGGCUGCUGGCCUAAAAGAAUGGAAUGGGCAGGGGGACCUGGGAGAUGGGGCAGAGGAAGUGUAUAAGACCCCCAAGAAUCGGGGAAGAGACAACGCAAAAGAUAAUUUGGCGGGAUGUUCAGAAACAAAGGGGAUAGUGGCGGGCAGAGAGAACAAGCUGGAGUGGUCUCCUGGGUCUGAGUGAGGUGGAAAGACAGAAAGGCAGGGGCGGAAGCUGGAAGUGGAGGAUGGUGGCGGGGAGCCCUAGUCCUGGCCCGGCCCCACUGAGACCCGCCUUCUUCCUCGCAGAGUCGCCCGCGAUGGAGGCAAACCCCACUGGCAGCAGCGCCGGGGGCGGCGGGAACAGCGGCCUGGGGGGCGAGGACGGCGUGCACUUCCAGAGCUAUCCCUUCGACUUCCUGGAGUUCUUGAACCACCAGCGCUUCGAGCCCAUGGAGCUUUACGGGGAGCACAGCAAGGCCAUGGCCGCGCUGCCAUGCGCGCCGGGGCCGCCCCCCCAGCCGCCCCCGCCCCCAACUCCUCAGUACGACUACCCGCCGCCGCAGCCCACCUUCAAGCCCAAGGCCGAGGCGCAAUCUUCGUCGUCGUCCUCAUCUGCGGCCACCCACGCCAAGAAGCCGGACCCGCCCCUGCCCCCUGCCUUCGGGGCGCCCCCGCCACCCCUCUUCGACGCCGCCUUCCCGGCCCCGCAGUGGGGCAUCGUGGACCUCUCGGGCCACCAGCACCUCUUCGGGAAUCUGAAGCGCGCAGGCCCAGCGUCCGGGCCGGGGGUGACACCAGGGCUGGGCGCACCCACUGGCACCCCGGGGCCGCUGCCCAGCCCCGCACAAACCCCGCCAGGGCCCCCCGCGGGCGUGGCCUGUGACCCGUCCAAGGACGACAAGGGCUACUUCCGGCGGCUCAAGUACCUGAUGGAGCGGCGCUUCCCGUGCGGUGUGUGCCACAAGUCCUUCAAGCAGUCGUCCCACUUGGUGCAGCACAUGCUGGUGCACUCGGGCGAGCGCCCCUACGAGUGCGCGGUCUGCGGCCGCACCUACAACCACGUGUCCAGCCUCAUCCGCCACCGCCGCUGCCACAAGGACCUGCCGCCCGCACCUGGCGGGCCACCUCACUUCCCGGACCUCUUCCACGUCAUGAGCCACAAGGAGGCCCAUAUGGCCGAGAAGCCGUACGGCUGCGACGCCUGCGGCAAGACGUUCGGCUUCAUCGAGAACCUCAUGUGGCACAAGCUGGUGCACCAGGCGGCCCCUGAGCGUCUGCUGCCGCCUGCGUCCAGCGCCACGCAGCCCCCCGACGGCGGUGGCGGAGCGGCUGAAGCUGCCAGCGCGCUGGACAACGGGCUGGCGGGCGAGGUGGGCGCGGCUGUGGCAGCGCUGGCGGGUGUGGCGGGGGGCGAGGACGCAGGUGGCACAGGCAGCCAGGGCGCGGGCGGUGGAGGCUCGGGCCCUGAGCGCUUCAGCUGCGCCACCUGCGGCCAGAGCUUCAAGCACUUCCUGGGGCUGGUGACGCACAAGUACGUGCACCUAGUGCGCCGCACCCUGGGCUGCGGGCUGUGCGGCCAGAGCUUCGCGGGCGCCUACGACCUGCUGCUGCACCGCCGCAGCCACCGGCAGAAGCGCGGCUUCCGCUGCCCGGUGUGCGGCAAGCGCUUCUGGGAGGCGGCUCUGCUCAUGCGGCACCAGCGCUGCCACACGGAGCAGCGGCCCUACCGCUGCGGAGUGUGCGGCCGCGGCUUCCUGCGCUCCUGGUACCUGCGGCAGCACCGCGUGGUGCACACGGGCGAGCGCGCCUUCAAGUGCGGCGUGUGCGCCAAGCGCUUCGCGCAGUCCUCCAGCCUGGCGGAGCACCGGCGGCUGCAUGCAGUAGCACGGCCCCAGCGCUGCGGCGCCUGCGGCAAGACCUUCCGCUACCGCUCCAACCUGCUGGAGCACCAGCGGCUGCACCUGGGCGAGCGCGCCUACCGCUGCGAGCACUGCGGCAAGGGCUUCUUUUACCUGAGCUCGGUGCUGCGGCACCAGCGCGCCCACGAGCCGCCGCGGCCCGAGCUGCGCUGCCCCGCCUGCCUGAAGGCCUUCAAGGAUCCCGGCUACUUCCGCAAGCACUUGGCGGCCCACCAGGGCGGCCGGCCCUUCCGCUGCUCCUCCUGCGGCGAGGGCUUCGCCAACACUUACGGCCUCAAAAAGCACCGCCUGGCACACAAGGCCGAGGGCCUCGGGGGACCAGGCGCGGGGGCCGGCGCCCUGGCGGCGGGGAAGGACGCCUGAGCAGGGCCCCACACCCACCCCUGUAGUGCGACCCCCACCCGGCCGGUGGACGAGCGCGCUUCCUUAUCUGCGGUAAACCAGACUCCUCUCACCCCUAGACUCAAGACUGCAUCCCUCCCACAGGGCCCCAGCAGCCCACCCCCUUCCCCCCCCAUUCCCCAGCCCAUAGGACGCAAACCUGAUGGUUGGCGACCAUUCAACCCUCUUUUUGUAGCCCUACCCCAGCCCCGCUCCCCGCACCAUUCGGCCCCCAGGCAGGGGGGGCCCUGCCCGCGACCUCGCUGUUCUUGAAUCUGUUAGGGACAGUGGAGGCGGGG